AUGAAGAAGGUGGCUGCCGGUGAGAAUCAUACCAUGGCACUCUCUCGGACUGGUCAAGUUUUUUCGUGGGGAUCGAAUAGCUUUGGUCAGCUUGGACAUCCAGGGAAGUCAAGCUCGUCGCAAAGCCGCCUUACACCCAAGCGUGUUGACGCUUUCCGCUUCCGCGUGGUGGCAGAUAUUGCAGCUUCGGGGUGCCAUUCCGCUGCAAUUGAUGCUGAGGAUGGUGCUGUGUACACGUGGGGCAGUAAUCGUCGGGGUCAGCUUGGGCGUAAAGAAGGCUACGGCACAGAUCAGGCUGACGCUACUCCACGUUGUGUCGAUGCACUGCGCCCGCGACACCCUAUGUGUGUCGUGUACGGCGACUACGAAUCCGUGCGAGCGGAAAAACUCGCACUUUCGGAUUGGCACUCCUGUGUAGUGUUACGCUGUGCUCACAACGGCCGCAGUCUCGGUCAGGUAUGGCAGUUUGGCUACGGGUCCUACCGUCCGAGUCGGGUGAAUUUCCCGUCUGCCGCCUCGACAAGUGCGGCUGGUGCCGUCAUGUGCGAUACAUGGGUACCCACAUGCAAGCAGCGUGGCUUGGACAUUGUGGGAGUUUCGUGCGCCCAGAAUCACUCAAUUGCGUUGAGUGCUAGCGGUUCUGUGUUCACUUGGGGGCACAAUGUACCUGCACUUUCACAUCAGCCGAGUGGCAGCCCACAAGAUCAGCAUACUAGCAAAACGUCUCCAAUGCCGUCACCCAGUGCACCACAAAUGGUGUCAUUAGCCAGUUACGGCCCCGUUGCAAGCGUGUGUGCUUCUCAGGAUCAUUGUGCUGUCGUCACGCAGCAAGGCGAUCUUGUGACGUGGGGCUGCGGACAGCAAGGUGUAUUGGGCCAUGGGCGCGGGAACACGUGGCAGCCGAGUCCAAAGCGAGUCGCAGGUGUGAAGAAAGCCGUGGCGGUGGCAGCUGGACAUCAACACACGGCGGUCCUAGUAGCACCUGUGCACCCAGAUUUUAAUUCUGUAGCAGGCAAUGCUGCUCAGGACGUGAUGCCCUCGUUAGUGGAGCUAGUGGAGCGCAAGAUUGCAGCAUACGUGGACGUGACUAACUGCGCGUUGGUGUGGCAGUAUGCCGAGCGCUACGCUGCGUUCCGAUUGCAAAAGUACUGUCUUGAGUACAUGCGAAGCAACUGGGACGCCGUGUUAGACGCAGUGGGGCGAGAUCGCAUGGAGACGCUCUUUGAUAUCAUGCUUCCCCCAACUGAGGAGUUGGAAUCAGAGGAGAAAGCACGCGCUGAUACCCCAGUUGGGGUUGUGGAGAAGCCUGUCAAGGAGAAGAAAACUACCAAGCAGUCAUCUGCAACGAAGGGCACCAGUAAACGUGGGUCCACCCCGUCAGUGAUUGCACCUCGGAAAGAUUUACAUGCAACAGAUGAAGAUUUGUUGGCAGUGACCCUUUUGGAGAGCUCUUCUCGUAAUUUAUCCGCGACUUCUAGCAAGCCGAAUGGACGACGCAAGAGCAAAAACAGCAAGUUUGUGCCUCUGACGUCGCUCUUGACCAGCAAGACUGCGGCAGCAUUGACGCGUGGUGGUGAUACCAGCUGCCCGUGGAGUAUGUCUGCCGCCUCCUUUGUGGACGAAGAGAAGUCUUUGGUACCCCAGAGCAAACCCGUGGCCGCUGCAUCGCCAGUGUUCAGCCCCACCCCACUCACUCCUCAUGCAUUUUCCGAGGCAUUCCCCUUACCAGGGUCUUCGCUUCGCAAGGCCAGUCUGGAUGGCACAACUCCAAGACGGCGCAAGGCAAGUAUCGGUAGCCUCUCGUCCACAAGCCCACAGCUCUCUUUUUCACCACUGCCGGUAUCAGGAAAGCACAUGCUGGGUUACGACGGCGUCGAACGUGAACAAGUGACGGCAUUUUCACUUGAUGCGUUCUUGAAGCAACCUGCGCGUCGGGGAGCUCGUGCUAAGUGCCCAACUCCUGCUGCCCCAACAUGGAGCAGCCCGUCGACAGGCUCAACGAUCGAGCAAAAACCUCGACCGAAGACAUUAAAGGAGAUCCAGGAAGAGGAAGAGGCUGCAGCAGCACGUGAGCGCGAGACGAAGGAGCGACUAGGUGGUGGUGUCGCCCCUCUGCAUCGGUCGCAGUCGACGGUGAAUAGUUGGGGGUUGUUCCGCCCUCCCGAUCACGUCUCACUGGCCGAUGUUCAGAAGCUGCAGGAGGAACAAGAGUUUCUGGAACAGCAGCGCCAGAUCCUGGCGGAAAUCGAACGGGAGCAAGCGGCCAAGGCUCAAGUGACGGCCACUGCGACCUCUGGUGGUGUAAGCCGCAGCAAGCGGUCAAAAGCAACGGGUGGUAACCCAAGACGACGGAGAGUCGUCCAUCCCGGCGCCGGUGGUGUUGCCUCCGCUGCGGCUACGAGUGGUCCCGAUGGCGCUGGCGACAGCCAGAGCAAGCAGAACAAGCAGAAGAAGGCGAAAGAGCGCAAGGCAGCGCGGAAGGCGGCAGGCGAGACUUUUGCGCCAUCCAGGAGCAGCAGCAAUGCUAGCACGCAGCCCACUCAACCUGCGGGUAGGAAGAAAAGUAGCGCUCAGCAUAGCAACGUAAAGUCGUCGGACGAAACACCGCCAAAGCCGCCACAGUCGCGCUCGCGGAGGAGGAAGGGCAAAACGCAGGCUACAAGUAUCGCUGCGUAA